AUGGCUUCAUUUGAUUUCCAAUCACUGUUUACGAAUGUUCCCGGUCGGGAGGUCAUACGUAUCAUGUGUGAUCAUGUGGAGCAAAACGAACUGAAAAUCGGUAUACCAGUAUCAGUUCUGGUACGACAAUUACUACUGUGCACAACAAACGUAUCGUUCUCCUUCCUUGGUUGGGCUUACAGACAAAUUGACGGUGUCGCAAUCGGAACUCCAUUGAGCCCCAUUCUGGCACAUAUGUUUUUGGCUCAUCUUGAGGAAAAGGCGAGCAAAAUCCUCGAACGUUCACAACUUUACAAACGAUACGUUGAUCAUGUUCUAGUCAUCACAAUAAGUCUAGAAGAGACAACAUGGAUUAUGGAUAAACUCGAUCGCCUGCAUCCGAAUAUACGAUUUACGAUGGAAACAGAAAUCGAAGAUACACUGCACUUCCUCGACAUUAAAAUGACUAGGAAUAAUGAUGGAACAAUGGCCAGAUCUGUUUACCGAAAAGAAACUUGGACAGGCCAAUGCUUGCAAUUUGACAGCUUUGUGUCUGUGGAAUAUGAACGUGGUCUGGUCCGAACACUAUUUCAAACAGCACGACAUAUCUGCACAGAAGACAUGAUUGACAACGAACUACGACAGCUGAAAGAAUCUUUGACUGGAAACGCUUAUCCCGAUGCGUUUAUCGAAAAGCACAGCAAGCCUAAAUUGAUCAGACAAACGAAUUGUUCAGCAGAAAAACUACUAGUCACCCUUUGUCUUCCAUUCAUACGUGAUUACAUCAAUUGCUUGCUCAAACGACCACUUGGAUCAGCGCUUGCCCAAAACAAAUAUUAUGCACCUGACCUCAGAAUUAUUCAUCGAACGAUUGAGAUCCCCACACCCUCGGUGAAACAACGUCCACCUCUGUACACCAAAUCGAAUCUGAUUUACCAAUUUCAGUGUAGUUGCGGAGCAACCUACGUGGGUCGAACAGAGCGCCAGUUACGUAACCGAGUGAUUGAAUAUAUUCGAAAUUGGGUACAACGUUUUGUGAUGCAAUCAGGGUCAGAUCAAAGGCAUAAUGACAACGUUCGAAACCAUAAGAUCCCGUCGUCGGCUGUCGGCCGUCGGCCGUCGGCCGUCGCUCGUCAUCUUCUGAUGACGCAACAUCCAGCUGACCGAAGCACUGCGUUUCGGGUCAUUUACGUGGCAAAGAAUACCAGGCUUUUGAGCAAGUUUGUACUCGAAGAUGACUGUGAAGACCCUAAAGAACUAGAACAACAGAUAUCGACCGCAGUACAGUUUCUACUAGAAGGACACUUCAUCGAUGAAAGCACAGCUCACCAUCUGAAGCCAAAAGGAACUCGAAGUGCACAACUGUAUGGUUUACCGAAAUCAAACAAACCCGGAGUGCCACUUGGACCAAUACUACUACUAUCUAUGACAAAUUCACCACAACACGAAUUGGCCAAAUGGCUGAAGAAAGUGCUUGAGCCAGUUCAUAAAUCAAUGGUCAGACACACUAUAAAAAAGACAGUUUCGAAGUGGUAA